AUGGCUUUGGCUCGAGUCAUUUUUCCGGACUGCAAGGUGGCCGAACGCAUCUCCUGCAAGGCGAGUCCAUGCAGAGCCUCACAGUUCUUACGUGCACGGCAGACCGUGUGGCAGCGGAAGACCGGGCAAGACAUGCGCCUCAAGGCAUGGCUGCCUCUACUAUUGGCACCUGCGAGAGGACAGUUCCAGUUCGAAAUUCCGGCCGAAAUGCUCCAAGGAAUGAUGGGAGGAGGUGGAAUGAUGGGAGGUGGAGGUGGUGGCAGAAAAGGCGCUGAGUGGCCAAAGACAGAGAAUUCGGAAAUUUCAGUUCCAAGCCAAGCUGAGUUUGAGUGGCUGGUAAACACUGAAUGGGAGGGCAAGACGUCCAAGUACCUUCUCCUGAGAGACGGCUUCGUCGAGUCACCCUUGAAGGAGUGUGAGCCAGAGGGCCAUUGUUUGUGGGCCGCCAACAAUGGCAAAGUUCUUAUCAACACGCCCAAACUCAAGGUUGUGAAAUUCUCCGUGGAGGGUCUCGAGGGCAUAGACAGGAAGAAGCUCGAGAACAAGGACGAAGCUGAAUUGAAGAAGAUUUCUUUGGUCAUGGAGAAGCCUAGCAAGAGCACCGGCAAGAAAGGUAAGCUCGAUUUCAAGCGGGUAGCCAUGGCGGACGAACAAGACAGCAUGGGAGCAGACCUGUACAAGCUCUUAGACCUUACGGAGGAUGCAGACCAAGCCGCGGUCAAGAGCAAGUUCCGGAGACUGUCGGUGUCAAUGCAUCCUGACAAAGGCGGUGAUCCAAAAGCUUUCAACGACAUGAGAGAGGCCUAUGAGGUUCUUGGAGAUCCAGAGAAGCGAAGGCAAUACAACCUCGGUGGUAUGCAGCUCGUCAAGAAUGUUGAGAUAGCGUGGAAGGAAGUGGAGGGGCAGAAAGCACAAAUGGAUGCGCAGCUCAAUCAGGUUCCAAAGAACCACCCGCAGUAUGCCAUGUUCAAGCAGCAGAUCGAGCAGCAGAAGCGACAGUUUGACAAGGCGAAGGUGGAAUCUCAGAUCCAGCAGAAGCUGCAAAGCGAGGAGCUCGAGGUCAUGGUGCCCAUUUCAGCUUCCGAGCUUUACAAUGGCGUGGAGAAAAAGGUCUUCGUCUUCCCUAGGCUUAUGAUAUGUCGCGGUUGCAAAGAAGACCCCGGCAGGCCUGAGUGCCAGGAUUGCGGUCGGUGUCAGCCAGAGAAGGUCCAGGUGCCGAAAUAUGGCAUGACGCCCUUCGGGCGUCAGGUGGUUGGCAUGAGAGAGAAGGAGCAGGAAAGUCGAGAGAGGUGUCGAGAAGUUGGGGUCGAGGUGCCGCUGAGAGUGAGCAAGGGGGCCAAGCAGGGAGCUUCUUUGAAGGUCCUGUCGAAUGUUGGCCACCAAACGCCAGGAAAGUUCCCCGGCAAGGUGAACUUCAAAGUGCAGCGAGGCAGCAAGGAGGACAGCUUCAGAAUUGCAGAGUCAGACCUGCACACGGUGCUCCACGUCUCAUUGGAGCAAGCCCUGUUCGGCUUCACGAUUUCUUGGCAGCAUCUCGGAGAAGAGACGGUAACUAUCACCAAGGAGCGUCUGCAGCAGCCAGAUGAGGUGCUCCGACUCAAGGGCAAGGGCCUUGUCGAGUCGGGAAGCAAGCGAGGUGACCUGUAUGUGCGACUCGCAGUCGAUCUCCCGCAAGCGCCACAGGGGGAGAAGGCCCUCACACUUCGAGCUCCAGGUUCAGGAGUGCAGGCAGCAAAGCUGGAAAUGGAAGAUGAAGUUAGGAUAGAAGAAGGAAGUGCUUGGCGAGAGUGGAUCGGCAGAGAAAAGGCGAGCACCUACAAGGUGGGGAAAGCCAAAACAGAACUGUAA